UAACUUCUUAUUAAUCAAAAAUAAAUUAAAAAAAAAAAAAAUGGAUCAAGAAGAGUCGUCCAUUUACUAUUUAGCAGACUCCGAUUUAGACCUCAGCUUCACCUCCGCCACCACCGACCGCUCUCUCUCCGGCCGCACCAGUUUAUCCCGGAGCAGCCUCACCCUCAGUUUCAACGAGUCCCGCCUCUCCACCGCCUCCCCCUCCGCCGCCGUCUACAACGUCCACCACCGCCCCCACCGCCGCCACGACAACCCCAACUGGGCCGCGGUGGACGCCGCCACCACGCUCUCCUCCGACGGCGCACUCCACCUCCGCCACCUGAAGCUCCUCCGCCUCGUCGGCUCCGGCAACCACGGCCGCGUCUUCCUCUGCCGCCUCCGCGACUACGACCACGCCGACUUCGCGCUCAAAGUCGUCGACCGCGAUUCGUUGACCACCAAGAAGCUCUCGCACGUGCAGACGGAGGCGGAGAUUCUCUCCGCCCUCGACCACCCCUUUCUGCCGACGCUCUACGCCCACAUAGAGGUGUCCCACUACACGUGUCUUCUCAUGGAUUACUGCCCCAACGGCGACUUACAUUCCUUGCUCCGCAAGCAACCCCACCACCGGCUACCGGUUCAGGCGGUCAGAUUCUUCGCCGCGGAAGUACUCCUAGCGCUCGAAUCGUGUCACUUUGUUUUCUUAGAUGAGUUUGGGUACGAUUCGAUGUUAGAUGACGUCACUCUCCGUACGUCUAGCAUCGAAUAUCGUAAGCCGAUUGAGAGUGUCGAUUUUAUUAAUAUCGGGUUUACUUAUUGGUGA